GCCCCGCCGAUGCGACCGUCCGCCCGGGCCGGGGCGUACAGGCCGAGCCGGGCCCGGAGCCACCCGAAGGCGCCCGGCGCGUGAGCCCGCCCGCGCCCCGCCCCGCCCGGGCAUGCCCGCCCCGGCCCCGCGCCCCCGCCGCCCGCCGCCCAGGGCCCGAGCCCGCGCGGGGGCGCACGGAGCCGGCGGCGCCGCGUAGCGCGAGGAGCCUGAGGAAUCCGAGGAGGGGGCGGCCCGGCCCGCGGAGCCCGCGCCAAGGUCACCGGGCCCCCCGGGCGCGCCCGCGGCCAUGGAGGCCAAGGCCCGCCAGAGCCGGCGCUCGCGCGCGCAGCGAGACCGUGUGAGGCGCCGGGAAGCGGCCGCCGCUGCCCGCGACGCCCGCAACCACAGUCCGUCGUCGGGCGACGAGCCCGAACCGAGCCCCGGCAAGGAGAACACGAGCCACAACUGCGCGCCGGCCCGAACCGCCGCCGCCCCGGCCCCCCGCGCCGCGCGCCCCCCGCGCCGCCGCCGCCGCGAGUCCAGCUCGCAGGAGGAGGAGCUCAUCGACGGCUUCGCCAUCGCCAGCUUCAGCACCCUGGAGGCCCUGGAGAAGGACAUGGCCCUGAAGCCACACGAGCGGAAGGAGAAAUGGGAACGGCGCCUGGCCAAGAAGCCCCGGGGGCCGGAAAACGGCCCCUCCGUGGAGCCAAGUGAGAACGGGCGGCCCCCGCAGGCGGGGGGCCCUGAGCAGGAUGUGGAGCCCGCCUGUGACCGGGCGGAGAAGAAGGCCCCGCUGCAGCCCUCCAAGCAGGUGAAGCUUGCUGUGCCCAAAGGGGGUGACCAGAACAGUGACGAUGACAGCGUCCACGAAGCUGCCAGCUCUCGGCACAGCAGCUCCCGGGACCAGCUCAGUGAUAGCUCAGCGUACGCGGUCUCUGGAGGAGGCUACUCUUGUGACGGCGAGAGUGACGUGGACGACCAGGCUUCCGUGGGCUCUGAGAAGCUCUUUGCCCCGGCAGCUGGCAGAGGCCCCGCGCUGGGCGAGAGGUGGGAGGCCAAGGCCGCAGUCGUGCCCAAGAUCUCGGGGCUGGAGCGGAGCUGCGAGCUGAGCACUGAGACGCCCUUCCUGCUGGCCGUGCCCAGCCCUGUGGCUGUCCCCACAGCCACCACCAGCGCUGCUGCGGCGCCCUCCUCGCGCCCCCCGCCGGGCCCCCGGGCCAGCCCCCUGGUGAAGAAGGAGGCCCCGGCCCUGCCCCGCCUCAGCCCGCAGCCGCUGCCUCUGCCCGUGCCGCCCCAGCCCCGGAUCCUGCUCCCCACCCACGGGCCUCUCUCCCUGGGCGCCUUCCCGGGCCACGGCCAGGUCACACCCAGCGGCUUGCACAGCCUCAGCAGGAGCAGCAGCACCAGCAGUAGCGCCAGCCUCGGCCUCUUGAAGCACGUGUCCCUGUCACCUCACAGGCCGGGCCCCACUCUGGCCCUGCCCAGCUCCAACCUCUCUACCUCGCACUUUGCGCUCCGGUCCCAGGCCCAGCACCAGCACCACGCGGUGGCCAUGUUCGCUGCCCCCCCAGCGCUGCCCCCCACCCCCGCGCUCCCUGCCAACAGCCUGGCCAUCCCGGGACACCCAGCUGAUGCCAGCCUGUUGGUCUCAUUCCACCAACCAAUCAUGUAUUGCCAGCCUCCCUCGGGGAUUCUGAUUGGUACUUGGCCACAGGCACCCCUCUUCCCUCCACCCCCGAGUCCUCACGUGGCCAGCAGCCCCCCCGGCCUGGCCGGCCGAACCCGGGAGUGCCAGGUGACUAUCCGCUUCGCCCCACCGGAGCCCACGGCCGACGUGCCUCUCCGUCUCUCUCUCUUUUCUCUCGUAGAUCACGAGCUGCUCAGGCAAGAGCUGAACACGCGUUUUCUGGUCCAGAGCGCAGAGCGGCCAGGGGGCGCCCUGGGCGCGGGGGCUCUGCUGCGGGCGGAGUUCCACCAGCACCAGCACACACACCAGCACACACACCAGCACCAACACACAUUCGCCCCCUUCCCCGCGGGGCUGCCCCCAACGCCGCUCGUGCCGCCCGCCGCGCCCCCGCCGUUUGACAAGUGUGCUCCCAAGCUGGACAGCCCCUACUUCCGACAUUCCAACUUCUUCUCGUCCUACCCUCCUGCCCUGCCUGGCGUGCCCACGCUACUCCCACACCCAGGCCCCUUCGGCUCCCUGCAGGGUGCCUUCCAGCCCAAGACAUCAAACCCACUCGAGGUGACAGGCUGGACCAGUGCCGUGCACACCCUUCUCCAGAAAGCUCCUGGGGUGUCGGACCCGUUCCGGACAGCAGCUAGGAAACCAGGGAAGUGGUGCGCGGUGCACGUGCAGAUAGCCUGGCAGAUCCUCCACCACCAGCAGAAGAUCAAGUUAAUCUCACCCGUGGCUCUUUGGUACCUUCACGUGGCUGUAGACGGCGUCUGCGGCCCCACCCCGAGCCUGCAGCCCCUGCGGCCCGGGACCCCCGGGGGCGUGACCUACUCUGUCCCUCAGCAGAUGCAGCUGGACCCCCACAAGCUGGAGGUGGGCGCAAAGCUGGACCUCUUCAGCCGGCCUCCAGCCCCAGGCGUGUUUGCCGGAUUCCACUGCCCGCAGGACCUCGCCCGGCCCCUCUUCUGCAGCACUAGUGCUGCCCAUCCCACCACCCACCCAUUUGGACCCUCAGCCCAUCACAGCAGCUUCCUGCCCACCGGUCAUCUGGCAGACUCCUUCAGCAGAUCGAGCACCUUUGGGGCCCUCGGGAACCUGGGGAGCAGCGCCUUCGGAGGCCUGGGCAGCCACGCGCUGACUCCGGCCAGUGGCCUCUUCGCCCCCAAGGAGGCCGUGGUGCUGCACGGCCUGCCCAGCCCCCAUGAAGGCUGGAACCGGCUGCACCGGGCCCCGCCCUCCUUCCCCACGCCGCCGCCGUGGCCCAAGCCCACAGAUGCGGAGCGAGCCUUGGCCCUGACCAGCCAUGACCGGGAGCCGGGCAAGGGCAAGGAGGAGCGAGAGCGGGACGUCCUGGAGAAGACGCGCCUGCUGAGCCGGGCCUCGCCGGCGUCCGCCCCCCCGGGGGGCCACCCCAUCAGCAGUCUCCUGCUCCGCGGCGCCCACACCGAGCCGCCGGCCGCCGAGCCCCGGGUCAAGGAGAGCCGCUCGCCGGCCAAGGAGUCCGGCCGGGAGCGGCGGCCGCAGGAGGACGGCGCCAGGGCGGCCCUGGGGGACAGCCCGCGCCUGGCCGGCCUGCUGGGCCGCGAGCCCGAGCGCCAGCCGCUCCUGGGCGCCGUGAAGGUCAAGGAGGAGCGCAGGGAGGACGGCGACCUCCCUCUACCGGCGGCCGGCGAGUCCCCGGGGGGCGUCCCGGAGCGGCCCCGCGUGCCACCGCUCGGCCUGGGGCCCCCGGCAGUCCGCGAGCGCCCCGCGCGCGCCGCCGGCCUUCGCGUGGGACCCGCUGCGCGACGCCUACCGCGGCCUGGAGCCGCCCCGGCGCGCCGGCCCCGCCGCCCCACAAGAGACCCCCGAGCGGCGCCUACCGCGACCGCGAGCCGCAACGACCCCAGCCCCGAGCGCCCGCGGGAGGUGCGCCGCGACGAGCUGGAGCGCGCCCGCGCCCCGCACCUGGGCGCCGCGCCCGACGGCCCAGCGCUCGGCGCCCUGCACUUCCCGCGCCUCGGGCCCGCGGCCGCCGCGCUGCCCCCGGGGCUGCUGGCCAGGACCCCGCCCGGCGCCGCCGCCCUCGGCGCGCCGCCCCCGCUGGUGGCCGCGGGCGGGCCCUCCUCGUCCCCUGGGCCGCCGCCGCGCAGGACUGCGCCCCUCGGGCCCGGCGAAGCGCGCGACUACUCGCCCUCGCGCAAGGCCCCCGAGGUGGAGGCGCGGUAGUCCCGGCCCCGCCCCGCGGGCGCUAAACCCUGUCCCGGCCCUGUGACAGACGCACUGGUGUCAACUUGUUAAAACGCGAGUUUAUAGAACUUAAGCACAGUUCCGUAAAUCCUGGGGUGAAACUUUUCCACGUGCAGCCUGUGGCCCGGGGAAUUUAAUACUCAGCUUUUCUGAAGGCCAUCUCUUGUUUUCUGAGCCUGAGAAGAGGUUUUGGGGAAAAAAAAUUCAAGUUUAUACAUUGUUUUCCCAAAGGUGAUAGGCAUUUUUAAUGGAUUUGUAUUUUUUUUUAAUUUUGUGCUUUUUUGAAAGAAACAACCAAAAAAAGAAAAACUUUUGCUUUUGGGUCUUUGGUUUGGUUUGUAGUUGAAGUCCUCAGCUCCUUCUCCGGAGCCCCAGGGUUUCUUUGUCUUAUUUAUGGAAGAAGAAAACGGUCAUUUUGUCCAACGCACUGUGAGGCCCACUCAGGCCCUGGCCCACCCUCGGUACUUGGAACCGAAGUUACAGAAAUCUGUUGAAAUGAUUAAUAAUAAUAAUGUAGAAAGCUUUGUUUUUUGCCUUAUUCUAUUAUGCAGAAGUGUGAGAAUUUCUUUUGGUUUGUUUUAAAAACAAAAGCAACAACAAAGGAAACAAGUGUAAAUAGUCUAUUAAUAUAAACGCCGUGUUAAAUUGCUAAGCUAGGUAGACUUUAUAAAAAUGGUUUAUAGAAACCUUUUUGGUUAUCUCUUUAACAUGGUCAAAAAAAACCCACUUGCUGUCAGUUGGGAAAACUCAUAAGUUUAACUGCAGCAACUCUCCUUCAACUAUGCAAGCGCCCCGCGCCUCGGGGGCCGCGGGCCUGCCGGGAAGAGCCCCCAGCCUGGGUGCCAGCACCCCACGCCCCUGCCCCAGCUGGCGGCAAGGACGGUUCCUGUGGACCCUUGUGCUAGCUGUGCAGUGUUCUCAAAAUCUGUACACCAGCCAAGUGGAAUUUUAGAAGUACAAGAGUCUAACGGUUAACUACAAAAAAUGAAUCACUUUUGUAUAUUUUCUUUCCCACGUGGAGGCCGCCGGCAGAUGUCUGUUCAGUGCUGAGCCCACACUUGGGUACCCUGGCACCCUUUCCUUCCGGUUUUGUUUUGUUUUCACAGCCAGACACACAUGGCUGCGUCCGCCCGUAAACUCCUUUUUGUUUCUCGGCGUCCACAGUUCGUGUCUCUGCUGGGCUCCGAGCCUCACAGGUGGCGUUUGCAGCUCUUUGCUUGUCCGUCUCUGUGCUCUUGACCCCGUCUUGGCACUGUGGCUGCGGCCGCUCUGCACAUGCUCCGCGGCAACCAGUGAAGACAAAUAUAACCUUGAUUUCGGUCGAAAAGGUGGUUGAGUGUUUUCUGGGCAUGGGGGGGGGGAGUGUGCCCAGGCACAGCCUCGCUUCCCCCCGGCACCUGCUGAGCCCCUGCAGGGGCUGCCCAGGAAGCUGCAUGGGGUUGGCCGGGCCCCCCGCAUGCCCACCUGCACUGGUGCCCUCCCUCACCCUCCCUGCUGGCCUCUGUGGGGGUGAUUCCAUCUGAUGCUGGAAUCCUAGGGAUCAUGCCAUCUGGGACCCCUUCCCCAGCCUCCUGGCUGAAGCAGUGGCCUCCCAGCCAUGCCCCCCCCGCCUGGUUUCCCGUGUGCUGCGGUCAUUGCCUUCACGCUGUAGGGCAGCAGCUGAUGACAAAGGCCGUCAGGAGGGAGCCCCGUGCAGGGAGUGCCCAGUGCCUGCCCAUCGGGAGGCCCCAAGGGCUGCACUGCACUGGUCUUGCUGUCACCCCUGGCUCCAUCCACAGUUUGGAAACACAGGACGCUGAGAGUGCCCUGAGCCCAGGAGGGGAAGGCCUCGUGAGGGGGUGGGGGUGCUCCUCGUCCAGAAGGCAACAGGAGGGGAAAGCUGCAUGCUGUGCCCAUGGGGCCUUGUCCCGGGGCCUGGACCUGCCGCCAGCUCCUUCCCAAGGGCUUCUGGGGCUUAGCUCCCUGGGCCUCCCCCAGGCAGCCACUCGGCUUGUUUGCACUUCUGUGCUUUCCUUGUCCCAACUGUUCCCCCACACGGCGGAUCUUCAAGAGUGACUUCGGCCUGGAAGUUCCUGCAGGAGUCAGCAGCAUCGCGGCACCAGUGACUGUGAGGCCCGGAGCCCUGCAGAGGUAGAGAGCCCCACACCAGGCCCCUCUGCCUGGGCCCCCCUCAGCCCGAGCCCUGCUAUGCCCUGUGUCCCCUCUGCCCCAGGCCCCCCUCUGCCCUGCGUUCCCCUCUGCUCUUCACCUCCCUCUGCCUGGGGUCCCCUAAAAUCCUGAACCAUGGCCAGGAUGCCUGCAGGGCAGAAUGGGGCAAUGAAGAGAAGUAGGGGGGCAGGGCAGUCCUUGUGAGCCCCCCACCCCCACCUCUGGUAACCCACCUGGGAGGUACAUUUGGGGAAGGGGGAGGGCAGUUCACGGUCGUCCUUUGAUCACGAGAACCUGGGAGCCCGAGGGUAUCCUGGGAAGGAGCAGUGCAUGAGAGCGAGGAGUGCCACAGACAGCGUCCCCAGGAUGGAGGGGCGUCCUGCAGGGGCACUGCCUGUGCAGCACCCUGGGCACGUCCCCCGGGGCCGCGUGCUGAGUUAACUCACCCAGGAACCCGUGCUAAACGUCAGUGCCCCGACGAGGCCUGAAGACGCAGGAGGCGGAGGCUGCGGGAACUGCCUUGGCAGCAGGCAGCACAGCUGUCCUCUCUCAGCCGACACAGGGUCCACGGGGGUCUGGGCCGCAGGCUGCGUGGUCUUCGCAAGGACACACAAAGCAGCCACCAAGACAGACCCAUUGUGGCCCGUGAAACAGUCUCAGCAGAUUUAAAUAUUCGAGACCAUAUGAAAUAUGUUCGCUGACCCCAGUGAAAUUAAACUAGAAAUUAAUAACAGAUCUCUCUGGAAAAUCCCCAAGUAUUUGGAAAUUAAAACUCUAAGUAACCCUAGAUCAAAGGGGGUCAGAUGGGAAAUUAGAAUGUAUGUGGAACUUAAUGAAAAUGAAAACCCAAUAUAUUCAUAUUUAUGGGAAGCAGCUUAAGCAGUGCCUAGAGGAAAAUUUAUAGCAUUGCAUACUUAUAUUAAAAAAGAAGACAAGUUCCAAAUCAAUGAUUGAAGCUUCUACCUUAAAAACCUAGAACAUAAUAGGAAAUUAAACCCAAAGCAGGCAGAAAGAAUGAAAUAAUAUAGAAAGAGUGGAAGUGAAUUAUGUUAAUAACAGGAAAACAACAGGAAAAAAUAAAACCCAAACCUGGUGAUAUGUCAAGAUCAAUGAAAUUGGUAAGCUGCUAGCCAGAAUGACCAAGAAAAAAAGAAUUUAUAAAUACCCACUAUCAGAAAGGAACAAGACAUCCCUACAGAGCUUUCAGACAUUAGAAAGACAAUGAGGUAAUGUUAUUAACAACGUUUUGCUCAAAAAUUCAACAGCUUAGGUGAAAUGAAUGAAUUCUUUGAAAGAAAUAAAGUAUCAAAGCCACUCAAGGAAAACAGAUAAGCCCAGUAGUCCCACUGUCUAUUGAAGAAACUGAAUUUGUAGUUAAAAACCCUCCCACAAAGGAAACUCCUGGCCUGGAUGGCUUCACGGGGAAUUCUAAACAUUUAAGGAAUAAAUCAACCAGUUCCACACAAAUUCCUCGGGAAACAGAAGAGGAAGGAAUUCUUUCCAACUCAUUUAAUGAGGGCACCUUUGUCCCGAUACUGAAGACAUUACAAGCAAAGAAAGCUGCAGACCAGCAUUGUUUGUGAGCACAGAUGUGGAAAACUUCAGCCAAAUAGUAACAAUUGAUUAUCUAACAAUAUAUAAAUGUGGACUGCAAGGCUGGCUUAACCUUUAAAAAUCAAUCUAUGUGAUUCACCACAUUAACAGACUGAUGGAGCAAAACCAUGAAAUCCUCAAAUUUCAUGCAAGUACAUGUGGCAAACUGAACAUUUGACAAGAGAAAUAAAAGGCAUAUAAAUUGUCUCUAUUCUCGGAUGGCAUAAUUAAAAAAGCUGCUGGAAACGUGGUGGAGCGGAGCCGGGUUGCAUCUUGGCACCCACUGUCCGGUCCUGUCCUCCCAGCGAGGCCUGUGGGUGGAGGGAGGCCAUGGCCCUGGACUGGGGCAAGUUGCCAGGACUCCCCAGGUUGACCUGUGGUUUCUCAUGGCCUCGGCAGGACUUUCUGGAGGGAUGGGGGAAGUGACUCUAAGAUUUAUAGGGAGAGGCAAAGCAAUGAGAAUAGCCACCAGCGGGCCUGGCUGCAGGUCCUGGGACACUGUUGCUGUUGGGGUGCAUCUUACAACUGGAUGCACUACAGUCACUGAACGUCUGCGUGAGCAAGGGUCACACACCCACCAGCCUCUGCAGGUCUGCCCCACAGACAGAGGGUCUCUUGGCCUCGAGCGAUCCCCUGUCCAGCCCAUGGCGCUACUGGUCGGCUUAAACGAGAAUCCCGGGUGUGCAUCCAGAAGGCAGCUUUAUUUUAUUUUUGUCUCCCACUUCUCUUUAAAGUUUAUUCACAGCGGGGAGUCCUCCUUCUGCUCCAGAUGACAACCCAGCACCUCCUGACAUCCCUGCUAUUCUUAGGAAACCAAAGCCCUGCAGUUUCCUGAAGUCACAAAAUACAGCCUCAGUUUGGGCACUGGAAUAUCGAUCCUAUUUAGUAGAGUGAAAACCUCCAAAUGUAAUGUCAAGUUCAUUUUUCCCCCCUCCCAGCAUGGGGCCCCUUUGCAUGCUGCCCGCCCCGGUGAGGCAGUGCUGGGUCAGGUUCUUUUCUUCGUGACAGCUGCUUUGUCCAGGUCCUGCCUGCAGACUUGACUUACAGGUGAGUGUCGGACAAUUGUCCUCCGUGUCCCCCACCUGCAGGGCCCACACUUCACGGUCUCUGGGUGGAGACCUCACUACUAGGCUUCAGAUCAGGGGCAGCCACCAGCACUCCCCUGACUUUAUGUUUCCCGGUAGAUGACAGUCCGGAGUCUUGCUAUUCUUUCUGCUAAGUUCUCCAGGUUUCAUUUUAGGAGAUCAAAUCUAUUGAUUGUCUCCUGUACCAAAUCUCCGUUUUGAUGGCUUAUUUGAGAAAGUCCGACCUGCUAUUUGACCCAUUUGCUUAUAUUUCCUUAUAAUACUUUCAUAGACAACUUUUUAAUAUAUAAAUCCUUUAUCCCA